AUGCCGCUCCGCAUUCUCUGCGUCUCCGCACCUCUCGUUACAGGGAAGAUCGCUGUGAUUGGAGGAUGCCGUGAGUACACGGGAGCUCCCUUCUUCGCCGCCUUCUCCGCGCUCAAGCUGGUGAGCGCCUCUCACGCUGGCCUGGGCAGGGACUCGCUGCUGCAGGAGUGUGUGGCUGACAUCAUGUCUGCCGCCCGGCAAGCACGCAUCCCCAUGGUGAUCGAUGCGGACGGCCUGCACCUGGUGUCUAACCAGCCGCACCUCAUCGCCGGCUACCCUCUCGCCAUUCUCACACCCAACGUCAAUGAGUUCGCUCGCCUCUCUCAGGUUGUCGCAUCUCAGCGUGAUUCCACAGCAGCACCAGCAGCAGCAGCUGCUGUUUCUUCCGGGCCGUCCAACCCGGGCAGUUCGCUUGCACAGCUAGCAGCAGAUCUUGGAAGGGUCACAAUAGUGCAGAAGGGAGCAGCUGAUGGCAUUUCAGAUGGAAAUGCAGUUUUUGAGUGCGGUCUCUUUGGAUCACCCAGGCGAUGUGGCGGGCAAGGGGAUGUGCUCUCAGGAAGCAUCGCAGUGUUUUUCGUCUGGGCUCGCAAGUGGCAGCAGCGGCUACAGGAAGAGCAGCAGCAGGGUGGCGGUUCCUCAGACGCUGAAAUGCAGCAGCUAGUGGCAGAGCAGCUGUCUGACAAUCCAGCAGUCAUGGCAGCAUUUGCCGGGUCGCUGGUGGUGAGGAGAGCGGCAGCAGAUGCCUUUGCCAAGCACAAGCGCAGCAUGACCACGACCAACAUCAUUGAUUGCCUUGGCGAUUGGUAA